CGCGCACGUGCAUGUGAGUUAGGUGGGGUGAGAGUAUUUGUCUCUCGCUCUCUGCCUCUCCACGCCCCCCGUCCCCCAUCCCGGUGCUCCCAUAGGCUCUGCGCAAAGCACACACCAACAUGCCCAGCAGAUUUAAGAAGAACAGGCGUCGCUUGAGGAGGGCGGCGGCCCACAGGAGAUUCCUUGAAGAGCAGCAUGCCGGCAACCCGCCGAUCAAAGCCGGUCCCGGCAUCGCAGUUCUUGCGCCCCCUGCAGCGACCCAAAAGAAAGCGGCUAAAACUCCAGCACCAGCCCCGCAAAAGAUCCCAGAGGUCGUUCCUGUCGCUGUGCCCGUUGUGGAGACCCCUAAAGUAGAACCAAAACCAGUUGUGAAAGAACCUGUCGCAGAACCCGUCCCUGUUGCGGUACCGGCACCAGAACCUGAGCCUGUUUUGGUGGAACAGACUCCAGCAGUAGUUGAGAUUGAAGUCCCAGCGCCCGUCAUCGAAGAAGCACCCGUCAUCGAAGAAGCACCAGUCGAAGAAGCACCAGUCGAAGAAGCACCAGUCGUCGAAGAAGCACCAGUCGUUGAAGAAGCACCAGUCGUCGAAGAAGCACCAGUCGUGGAGAUUCCACCAGUGGAGCCUCCUGCAGUCGAAGCCGCUGUAGAACAGGAGGUCGAAGCCGUCAUUCCCGAAACAGAACCAGUACCUGAGGUCAUACCCCCCGCUGAGGUUCCAGUGGUUGUUCCUGCUGAGACGGAGAUUCAGACAGUUGACACGACAGUUAUACAGACAGAGACUGAACAGACGUUUGACGUGUGUGAGCCAGAGACUGAAGUGGAGGCUGAGGCCGUGGCAGAGGCUGAAGCCGUGGAGGCUGAGGCCGUGGCGGAGGAAGACACUGUGACCGAGGUGGAGGUGGUGAUCCCAGAAGAUAUCGUCAUACCGGAGCCUGAAAUAGAAAUAACCGAAGAACCGGCGGUGGAAGUGAUCAGCAGCGAACCAGAGCCCGCUGAAGCCGAAGCCGAUGCCGUUGCAGACGAGGUGGUUACAGAGACUGUCGCUGAAUCAGUAGUGGAAGUAAUCUCAGAGGUACCUGAGCCCGAACAAGUGACUGAAGCAGUCGUCAGUCCUGCAGCUCCAGCUGAGGAGGAGGAGGAGGAGGAGGGAGACGAUGAAGGUGAAGUAGAAGUACUGGUUGAAGAAGAUGCACCUGAAGUCCCUGCUGAGCCCGUUACGAUGCCAGAGGAUGCUCUGGUCCAGUCUGUGGAAGUCCCAGUGGUGCCGGACACCAUCCCCGAGGCUCUGGUAGAAGAGGCCGAACCCGUCGUCACUGAAACCAAAGAGGCUGUUGCUGACACGCUGGUUGAUGACUUUGUCGUCACAGAAUCUGUCUCAGCAGUCGAGGUUGCCAUUGCUGAGUCUGCUGCAGCGAUCGAGCAGGAGAUCGUGGCCCCCGUCGAACCCCCCAGCACCCAAACAGAAUCCAUGGAUGUGACUCCUGCUGAGCCUGAGCCUGAGCCUGAGCCUGAGCCUGUCGCUGUACCUGCAGAGGAAAUGAUCAUCGACGCUGCUACUGAGCAGAAAUGUCUGAAUAUCCUGUCAGAGGAACCUAAACCAGAACUCUGUGACAUGCCGUGUCAGAUGCAGCUCGCCGUCGAGUCCGUGCAGCUCGGCUCAGUGGAGCUGUCGGUGGAGGCGGCGAUGAACGGACACAUCGUUCCAGAGGUCUCCAUCGAGGGCUAAAGUCACAACGCACAGCUUGGAGAAAAAAAAAAGUUUUUUUCUUUAUUCCCCUUUGGUUGUUUUUAGGACUCAAAGCUUUACAGGGAGUCGGCCGGCUGACCUUCUCAUUUUUUACGGCUUAGGAACAGAACCGCCAGGAAAUCGAAGGGACAUCCACACUUUGAAGUGCCUUUCCUGCCCUGGUUUCUGUUAAAACAUCAAACCAGAUGUCACAAUACGGCUGCGUUCAAGGCGGCACAGCGGACUGGUGGAAACAAACAUAUCGUGGCUCCUCUUAAUCUUUCCCCUUCCCCAAAACCACAUACACUUCAUUUUUCUAUUGGCAGUGGAAGCAGAAGUGCUCGAGAGAUGACGAGAUGAGUCUCUCCAGGACAUCUGCGUCCGCACGGCAGACACUCUGCAUGUGAACACUGUAGCAUCGAUGACUGUGCCUGCAGUUCCUACUCAGACCUUUGUAUAUAAGAGGGGAAGCAACUUGUGUCGUUUUUAUUACUUGUUUCACUGAUUUCGCUUACCAGGGUCUAUUUACCAUCAGAGAGACACAAAUUUCCCCUUAAGCCUCCUUUUCUGUCUCCUCCUCUGUCCUCCAGCUCUCUCUGCUACUGCUAAGGCUAGUGUGAUGCUAGACGCUAGGAUUCUAGGAGCCUGGAGAGCGACCAGAGUUUGAGUGGAUGAGCUCAUUUUCUGUUUCUUUUUGUCUUGUUUUGUUUUUCACCUUCUCCUUUUGUAAUUCAUUUUGUAUAGAGCGUAUGAUGGGCUACAGUUUUGUGUUCAAAGCCAGAGGAGGGGAGUCUAGUGUGAUCGGAUGAUUACUGUCGAGCUGUUGAUGGGCUGACGUGACCUUUGAAAUAAAGCUGUAUCUCAUCGUGA